AUGGCUCGAAGGCUUCUGAACCUAGAAGAGAUAGACAUUUCACGUGCCCACGAAUUAAAGAAAAUGUACCCACAAAAGAUGGAGACAGCAACAAGAAUACCAGCUCAUGCGUUAUUUCGGAAAGUUCAGAAUGAUCACAAAGCAAGAGGAAUAGGACUAAUCCUCUGUCAGCAACUGAAAUUGAGUGAUUGA